AAUAGUAAAACAAACCGGUUAUAGCAAAAAAAUUUAAGUAACAUUAAAAAUCAACAUCAUUGACUUUUUUUCAUACUAUAAAGACUAGAAUGGAGAGAAAAAUCUUUAAUCUUAAUGAUUAUGAUGUUAUUGCAUUUGAUAUGGAUCAUACUCUUGUACAAUAUCAUCUACCCGAGCUUUUUAAGCUUAUUUAUGAGUCUACUGUGGAAUACUUAGUUAAAGAAAAACAUUAUGGGAUUUUCUUGCAUAAAGACAAUUUUGAAAAGUAUGAAGAUUUUAGUCUGCGUGGUUUAGUUUUUGACUGUAACAAAGGAAAUUUUUUGAAACUUGACAAAGAUGGUUACAUUCUUAGGUGUUCUCAUGGGUUAAAGAAUAUGAGUGGUGAUUAUAUUUCUGAAAUGUAUGGCAUUAAGCGGUUAUGGUCUCAGUUUUCAAUAUUAAAAGAAAAGGUUUACAAUCAUGAGGGGUAUGUUCUUCUUGAAAAUUUCUUUUUAAUGCCUGCUGCUUUGUUGAUUGGUGAGAUAAUUGAAGAGGUUGAUAAAGUUAAUAAUGGAGUUUUAUCUGAUUAUACUCAUGUGUGGAAAGAUGUUGCAGCUGCAUUGCUUUUAAAUUUUCAACCAUCUUCUUUUAAAGCUGAAUUAGGUAUGUUUUUUCCUUCAUUAAAAAAAGACAUAAAACGAUAUAUAAAAAAGUGUCCUUCAAGUGUUAUGACGUGGAUAAAGAAAUUAAAAGUUUCUGGAAAAACAAUUGUGCUUAUUACUGAUUCUUAUGGAGAUUAUGCUGAGUUUAUAAUGUCAUUUACCUUUGGUUUGGAUUGGAAGGAAUCGUUUGAUUACAUAAUUGUGGCUGCAAAUAAACCAAACUUCUUUCAAGAUGAGUUUAAAAGUAGAAAUUUUAUAAAAGUUCACGAAGGAAAUCUUACUAAUGUUGAAGUAGCAGACCUUCAAAAACACACUUUGUAUGCUAGAGGUCAUGCGUGCCAACUUGAGAGAGUUUUAAGGUCUUGUUCUGAUUCAUUGAAGGUUGUGUAUUUUGGAGAUAGUAUGAAAUCUGACAUCUACCCUCCUAAGAAGUUUAUGAAUUGGGAUACUGUGGCAGUACUAGAAGAAUUGGAAGCAGAAAAAGUUUGCUUUAAGAAUAACAAAUUUAAUGGAGCACUGUCAGCAUUCAAAGCAACAUCAAAAGAAAAGCAGUUAAUAGCAUCCACCCAAUGGGGGUCAUUUUUUACUGAUGAAUAUGAUAACACUAGUAUCAAUAAUUAUAACAAUAACAGUAACGAUGUCAACUAUGUUAUUAAUACAUUUUGGGCUGACAUUGUUUGUCGUUAUAGCAGAUUAGCUAUCCCUUUACUUGAUUAUAUUGCAGAGAACGAUUUAAACUUUAACUAUGCUUCUUUUGAUGUUGAAUAUAAUAGCAAUUUUAUUAUGGCAGUUUCAUAUUGGUAGUUACAUAAUGGAACCGAUGUUUAUAGAUAACUUAAAUAAAGUAGUUAGUUUUUUAAAUGUAUAUUAUAUUUAUAAUAAGUUUUAAAUUUAUUGUUAAAAAAAAAAAAAAAAAAAAUUAUGUAUUUGUUAAAGUUAUUUUUGUAUUGAAAAUGUUUCCUUUAAAAACAGGGCAACUUUUUAUUAUAGUAGGGUAAAAGUUUUAUGUAAAAUAAGUUUUCUUUGACAAGUCUGUUCCAACCUAUCUGCACCCUUUUUGAGAGAAAAAUAGUCAGCAAUAUUUUGAAAAACUUUGAGAAAACUAUAAAUGGAUUACCCCAUUUGGAUAAAUUCUGCUCUUUUUUAAAUUAAAAUUUAUUUUUUUUUACAUUGUAAGACUUGGAAUCUAUCUAGUUUUUUUAUUUUUUUAUAAAAAGGUGUUUAUUCAAUAGUUUUUAAAGGGUUUUUAAAUGUAGGUAUUAGUAGUAAUUAUGUUUAUAACAUUUUUUACAUGUUUUAAUUAAUUAUAUUGUUAAAUUGAUUUUAUAAUUUUUUGAAUA